GGGCGCUUUCCGCGGAAGCUUGGCGGCGUUCGGUUCCAGCCUUCGGUGGGACCCGCUGACAGCUACUGCCCGCUCCCCUAAUGCUGUCCUCGGCCCGCAAGCUCUCUUAGGGUGCCCGGACAGAUUGAAGUCAUGGCCAUUCUAUUUGCUGUGGUUGCCAGGGGAACCACUAUUCUUGCCAAACAUGCUUGGUGUGGAGGAAACUUCCUGGAGGUGACAGAGCAGAUUCUGGCUAAGAUACCUUCUGAAAAUAACAAACUAACAUACUCACAUGGCAAUUAUCUGUUUCAUUACAUCUGUCAAGACAGGAUUGUUUAUCUUUGUAUUACUGAUGAUGAUUUUGAACGAUCCCGAGCCUUUACUUUUCUGAAUGAGAUCAAGAAAAGAUUCCAGACUACCUAUGGUUCAAGAGCACAGACAGCACUUCCAUAUGCUAUGAAUAGUGAGUUCUCAAGUGUCUUGGCUGCACAGCUGAAACAUCACUCUGAGAAUAAGGGUCUAGACAAAGUGGUGGAAACUCAAGCGCAAGUGGAUGAACUGAAAGGAAUCAUGGUUAGAAAUAUAGAUCUGGUAGCUCAGCGAGGAGAAAGAUUGGAACUAUUGAUAGAUAAAACAGAAAAUCUCGUGGAUUCAUCUGUCACCUUCAAAACGACAAGCAGAAAUCUUGCCCGAGCCAUGUGUAUGAAGAAUCUCAAGCUCACUGUUAUCAUUAUCAUCGUAUCAAUUGUGUUCAUCUAUAUAAUUGUUUCACUUGUCUGUGGUGGAUUUACAUGGCCAAAAUGUGUGAAAAAAUGAGAAAAAAGUUAUUAACCAAGGAAAUGAGAGAACAAGGAAUUGGAAGCAAUCCAUAUGACUCAAAUCCUUUAAAACCAACGAUGAUUCUACUUGCCUCUCAACAUCUUUCUUUUUAUGAUUUUGUUCUGUGCUUUCAAAGUUAUCUUUGUCCUCUCAAACAAUGUAUUCCAUAAUACUUCAAAUUGAACUAGUUAUUACAAUAAUGUCUUUAAAAGGCUUUAUAUUUGUUUCUUUGGUUUAUUAACAUAUUGUCAUAUACUUAGAGAAAGUUGUUUGCAGUUGUGCAAAAAAGUCACCAAGGUAAAAACAACCAUUCUUAUAAGAUGUCUAAUAAAACUAUGUAGGAAAUUAGUAUGUGUACAUUAAAGAAGCAUUUGAGAUACAAUAUUAAGUUAUAUCUUAAUAUUUUUGUUAUCAGUGAGCUUGAGGUGCUUCAAACAAUGUAAACAGAACAGUUUUUUAUUUGUAGAAUUAUUAUAAUCAGGUUGUUGGUGCUGCUUGCUUUCAGGAGCCCCAGCAGGUAAAGUAUUAACAUUAUAUAAACCAGUUGGGGGAACAUAUCAUUAAUCCUAUUAAAAGCACACAAAUUAUCUUUGUCCGCCUACUGUUCACUUUCAGGAAUAAAGUUGUACCCGUUCAAAAACUUCAUAUCUGUUUCCCUGUAGCUUUGGUUUGAGAAGAUGACUGAAUUAAUGUUGAAGAUAGUUGUUUUCAUAUAUUCUUUUUCACUAGAAGUUUAGAACUAUUUUCUAGUUAAUAGAGUGAGUAGUAGAGGGAGUAGAGGCACAAGUUCCUCUAACCAAAGAUCAUGAAGAAAACAACUAUGGAUGUAUAACUAUUUUAGCUAUUUAAAGGAGGAAAGUAGGAAGUUUUUUCCAGUCCAGGAAAUGCCCAAAUUGAUUAUGUUCCGGUUAACUCCACUGGGCUUAACUUUUGGGGCUUAACUGUUCUUGAAUAAUAGUUUGGGCAUUGUUUCUGAUUAAAUAAUUUCUUUAAUCUACCUAGUUUUGGAAAACCUUUUACAAAACUAGAAUUACGAUAUUUAGAAGCAAUACAAGGCAGUUUAAUAGUUAUAAUAUGAAAAAAUUUAAUAGGUAUAAUAUGAAAAAAUAGAAUGCAAUCAUACUACUUCAACUCUGGCAUCUGUUUCAAUGUUUAUCGGCAAGAAGUUAUUUGCUACCCUAGGUAAAUUGCAUUUAUUUAUCAAUAAGUACUAGUAUAUGGAAAUUAUCUUACAAUUGACUUGUUUCUCAAUGAAAGAACAAUCAUUCUGUAAAAUUUAGCCACCUGUUUAUCCUAACCAUGUGCCUUGAAUAUAUGUUUCACAUAAUCUGGCUUAUGCUACCUGUUGUUUUCUCUAACUAUUUUGACUCAUGCUACCUGAGUUAUUUAUUUGACAUAUAUUUUGACCUACUGGAACUCUUUCUAGUGGUCUUGUGCGGUGUAAAUAGUUUUCCAGUCCUUUCAUCAAUACUAAUGCCUUUUAAUGACAUCACCAUUUCUUAUUGGAAAAUAUAUCUGUUCCUAGAAAACAUUUGGCAUUUCAGCAUAAUAAUUUCCCAAUAUCUUUAAUUCAAUCAGAAGGACUUAAAAUUAUCUCCCUUUCUUAUAUAGACCUGAAUAAAACUGAUGUGCAUGUUUUAGGGAUAAAUUACUUAACUUCUCUUUGUCUAUUUAUGUAAUAAUGCUUUAUAAAACACAUCUUGUUUUAAAUGAUAAAUGAAUUUGAAGGCAUUAUUAAUAAAAUUUAAGAGUAUACAUUGA